AUGCUGGUCCUCUACGAAACUCCCGCUGGUUACGCCCUCUUCACCCUCCUCGACGACGGCAAGCUCGAGAAGCCCGAUUCCAUCUGGAAGGACUUCGAGACCCCAGAGCAGGCCAACAAGACCGUCAAGCUCAGAGCUUUCACCAAGUUCGAGAACACCACCGAUGCUUUGUCCGCCGUUACUGCUUUGGUCGAGGGAAAGCUCGCCAAGAACUUGAAGGAGUUCUUGUCCAAGGAGAUUAGUGAGAAGGAGAUGAAGAAGGAGUCCCUUAUUGUCGGUGACGCCAAGCUCGGUGGUGCCAUUGCCAAGAAGCUCAACAUGAAGGUUCUUUCCGACUCUACCACCCUCGAUCUUUACCGUGGUAUCCGUUCUCAGUUGGACUCUCUCCUCUCUGGAUUGUCGUCUUCGGACUUGUCCGCCAUGGUCUUGGGUCUCUCCCACUCUCUCUCUCGCUAUAAGCUCAAGUUCUCGCCCGACAAAGUCGACACCAUGAUCGUUCAGGCCAUUGCUCUCUUGGACGACCUCGACAAGGAGUUGAACACCUAUUCUAUGCGCGUCAAGGAGUGGUACGGUUGGCACUUCCCCGAGAUGACCAAGUUGAUCGUCGAUAACCUUGCCUACGCCAAGAUUGUCAAGAAGAUGGGUUUCCGCGCCAACUGCUCGGCCACCGACUUGGCCGACAUCCUUCCCGAGGAGCUUGAGCAGGAGCUCAAGGAGGCUUCCGAGAUCUCCAUGGGUACUGAGAUUGCUGAUGAGGAUUUGGAGAACAUUCACGCUCUCUGCGACCAGAUCAUCUCGAUCACCGAAUACCGUACCCAGCUCUACGAGUACCUCAAGAACCGCAUGAACGCCAUCGCCCCCAACUUGACUGCCCUCGUCGGUGACUUGGUCGGUGCCCGUUUGAUUGCCCACGCCGGUUCGUUGAUGACUUUGGCCAAGCACCCCGCCUCGACCAUCCAGAUUCUCGGUGCCGAGAAGGCUCUCUUCCGCGCUUUGAAGACCAAGCACGACACACCCAAGUACGGUUUGAUCUAUCACGCCUCCUUGAUUGGUCAGGCUGGACCCAAGAUGAAGGGUAAGAUUGCCCGUAUGGUUGCCACCAAGGCUGCCCUUUCGAUCAGAGUGGAUGCCCUCGGUGAGACCGACACCCCCGAUAUUGGUAUUGAGAACCGCGGCAAGGUCGAGGCUCGUCUGAGAAUGCUCGAGGGUCACGGCGGCAAGCCCAGCGGUGCUGACCGCAAGGCUGCUGGUAACGCCAAGGGCCAGAAGAAGCACGAGUUUGUUGCUUCGUCCUCGUACAACACCUCCACAGAUGCCACCAUGACUUCGCCACCAUCAGAGAAGAAGCGCAAGGCCGACUCUGACAACGAGGAGUCGUCCAAGAAGGUCAAGAAGGAGAAGAAGGAGAAGAAGGACAAGAAGGACAAGGAGCCCGCUGCUGAGGAGAAGAAGGAGAAGAAGGAGAAGAAGGAAAAGAAGGAGAAGAAGGAUAAGAAGGACAAGAAGGAGAAGAAGUAA